AUGUCGCUGAAAUCUGACCUCUCGAUUGACGCUGCGAAGUUUGAUCGCGGGAAUAUUGAUCAGGAGACGCGCGAGUUCAAUGAGAAGUUGAUUAAGAUAUGGGCGGAUGGGCCGAGGUGGUAUGAGGUCGGCGCAGCCGAAUACCGCAGACUCCGCUGGGAAGGCAAAACCCCUCUCCCCAAGCCCCUCGUCCUUCCCUCGGGCGUCAACGGCACUCUUCCCUCCCGCGACCCCUCGCGCCCCAUCCCCUACCGCAUGUUCAAGCCCUCCUCGGGCGCCAGCAAGGGCAUACACAUGCACAUCCACGGCGGCGGAUGGGUGCUUCAAAGCGAACACUACCAGGACCCGUAUCUGAAAUACAUGGCCGACAACUACCAGAUAACCGUGAUAUCAAUCGGGUACCGCCUCGCACCGGAAGAUCCGUGGCCGGCAUGCGCGGAGGAUUGCUACGAUGCUGCGGAGUAUCUUGUGAAGAAGGGGAAGGAGGAGUUUGGUGGGGAACUGAUGUUUACGGGAGGAGAGAGUGCGGGCGGGCAUUUGGCGUGUUUGGUGGCGUUGCAUUUACUAGAUGCGAUACCCGAGUUUGCGUUCAAGGGUUUGCUCCUGCACUUUGGAUGUUUCGACAUGUCGACUUUUUUGCCGCAUGUGCUGCAUCAUGAGACGCAUCUUGUUAUCGACCACGAUGUCAUGGCGAGCUACAUCAAAGCCCUGCUGCCCGGGACUACCGAGCAGGAACGCAGGCACCCGUCGAUUUCGCCUUUUUAUGCGGAUAUCAGGGGGAAGAAGCUGCCGCCGGCGUUAUUUACGUGUGGCAGUGAGGAUCCGUUACUGGAUGAUACAGUGAUGAUGGGGGCGAAGUGGAGUAUGUGGGGGAAUGAGGCGGUGGUGAAGAUAUACAAUGGCGCGCCGCAUGGGUUCAUUGGGUUUGCGCCAGGGACGAUUAAGGCGGUGCAGGAGGGUUUGGAUGAUACAGGGGCGUUUGUUGCUGCGAAGAUAGGUGGUUGA